AUGAACCUCUUUCGAGGCCGAGCCGUCAAUGAACAAGUUUUUCCCUAUCCGCUGAAGUUGGAUGACGAUCAACGAGAAACCCUGAACAUGUUCAUGGCACCCACUGAGAAGUUCUUCGAGGAGGUCAACGAUGUGGUGAAAAACGACGAGAACAUGCAGAUUCCAAUGGAGGUGUUGAAGCAGUUCGGUGACCUUGGCGGCUUAGGUGCUGUGGUACCUCCAGAGUACGAAGGAGCUGGUAUGUGCAAUGUCCAGAUGGCAAAACUUGCUGAAACCAUUGGCGCUCACGAUCUGGGAUUUGGCGUGGUGAUGGGAGCUCAUCAGUCCAUCGGCUACAAAGGCAUUCUUCUCUAUGGUACUGAGGAGCAAAAGAAUAAAUAUCUACCGGAUUUGGCAACAGGACGUAAAUUCGCUGCGUUUUGCCUCACGGAACCCGGCAGUGGAUCCGAUGCCAAUUCAAUCAAAACGCGUGCCGAAAAGUCCGCUGAUGGAAAGCACUACGUUCUGAACGGCAGCAAAAUCUGGAUCAGUAACGGAGGUUUUGCAGAUGUUUUCACCGUAUUCGCUCAGACGCCUGUGAAAAUGCCAGACGGCAGCACCAAGGACAAAGUGUCGGCGUUUGUCGUUGAGCGAGCGUUCGGUGGUGUGACAAAUGGUCCACCGGAGAAGAAGAAUGGGUAUCAAGGGAUCGAACACUGCUGA